UGCCAUCCCCCACAAAAAAGGUGGUGGGAGAAAAGCUCUUUUUGUACACACUGCGAUGAUGGUGAUGAUGAUGAUGAUGAUGCCUUCAAUCUCCAACAGCGAACACAACAAAAACAAUAUCAACAUUUCAAUUCCCUUCCUUCACUCACUCUCUCUCUCUUUCUCUCCUCUCCAAGACCCAUGACCAAUCUCUGCUCGGAGCUCUCCGUUCAUCUUCGUCUUCUUCUUAGUCGCUCCAAAAAUCUCACGCAGUUGUAUUAAGUUUAACCCAUGAAAUAUAUCGGAGAGACGCAGCGGAAGUAGCUCAUCAAAUUCCAAGUUCAUGGAUGAAAAGUGCGGUUGCUGGGCUGUUCUUAAACGCGGCGUCAGAGGUGCCUGCAACUCCUCUGCUUCCCGAGAUUCUCCUAACACUAUUCCUCGCACUAGUCUUGUUUAUGACGCAGCUACAGAGACACGGUAUCUAAAUGCUAGUAACCGCGACCUAUGUCCCAAUGAAGCUCAUCUAUCUUCGGAUAAUCCUGAUCCACCUCCAGAAAAUAACAAACCCCCAUGUCAAUUGCUCCAAUUUACAUUCCAGGAGCUAAAAUCUGCAACUGGAAACUUUAGACCCGAUAGCAUUCUUGGAGAGGGAGGCUUUGGGUAUGUGUUCAAAGGAUGGAUAGAGGAAAAUGGGACAGCACCUGCAAAACCAGGGUCAGGGAUUACAGUGGCAGUCAAGAGCUUGAAGCCUGAUGGUCUCCAGGGCCACAGAGAAUGGGUGGCUGAGGUUGACUUUCUUGGUCAGCUGCACCAUCUUAAUCUUGUUAAACUUAUUGGCUACUGCAUCGAAGAUGAUCAGCGACUGCUGGUUUAUGAAUUUAUGACUCGUGGAAGUCUUGAAAAUCAUCUAUUUAGAAGGACAAUACCUCUUCCAUGGUCCAACAGGAUUAAGAUUGCACUUGGUGCUGCAAAAGGAUUGGCCUUUCUCCAUAGUGGCCCUGAACCAGUCAUCUACAGAGAUUUCAAAACAUCCAACAUUUUGCUCGACUCGGAAUAUAAUGCAAAGCUGUCAGAUUUUGGUCUGGCGAAAGCUGGCCCUCGAGGAGACAAGACACAUGUUUCUACCAGGGUUGUUGGAACAUAUGGCUAUGCCGCCCCCGAAUAUGUUAUGACAGGUCACUUGACAUCCAAGAGCGAUGUGUACAGUUUCGGUGUUGUGCUACUUGAGAUUUUAACAGGAAGAAGAUCAAUGGACAAGAAGCGGCCUAGUGGGGAGCAAAAUCUGGUUGCAUGGGCCCGGCCAUAUUUGGCUGACAAGCGAAAGCUUUACCAACUAGUGGAUCCUCGCUUGGAGCUACAUUACUCACUUAAAGGUGUGCAGAAGGUUUCCCAACUAGCUUACAGUUGCCUUGGUAGAGAUCCAAAAUCUCGCCCUACCAUGGAUGAAGUCGUAAAAGUUCUCACUCCUUUGCAAGAUCUUAAUGACCUUGCCAUCUUAUGUUACCAUUCUCGAAUAUCCCAACAAGGGAGACGCAAGAAAAAGACUGAUGGAACUCAACAUCUUGCCCACAGCCAAUCCAAGAAUGUGAGAGAUUCUCCGUUGAACACUGGGAAGCAGCGCUGCAGAUGAUGGCCGGGCAAUUCCUCUCAUCGAUUGGCUCCGUGAUAAAAUGAAACAGAGGGUGAACUACUUUCCUCUUUUAAAGCUUGUAGUACACUAUACUUUUUUGGGUGUUUUUAAGGUUUGGUAGAGGCAAAAGGGUAAUGGAAAGAGGAAAGGUACUGCAUCCAUAUCCUUUCUGAGUAAAGACCUUACAUUAGAGAGCUAACCAUUAUUAUGGAGUGUUCCCUUGCCAAUUGCUUGUGCUGUAAUUGAGGUACAUGUAAUUACAAACCUCUCAUUUCCAAUAUUGUUAUCCUAAAUGCCAGUUGCUUUGAGUUUUGAGGAUUGUUGUA